UCAAAGUCCAGCCUGGGGAUGAGCAGUCCGAGCCCUUCCUCUGACCUGCGUCCACAGGGAUUUGCUUCCUGACUAGGAGAGAUGACUCUGGCCUGGAGACUUGUGACAAGAACUUUGCACCUGGAGACUUCCUCACCCAGGACUCCCAGGACAUGGCCUUCCCUGAGCCUGAGCUUAGGUGCAUUGUGGGGGUCUGUGACCAAGGUCAGUCUUCAUACAAAGCCCAGAAUGCCUCCAUGUGACUUCGCACCUGAAAGAUACCAGUCCCUUCCCUACGACCGGGUCCUGGAGAUCCACAGACAGCACCUUUCUCCUGUGCCGACCGCCUACUUUUCGGAGCCUUUGCUGCUCCACCAGGGGCACGGGCAGUGGCUCUUCGAUCAUCAGGGAAACAGAUACCUGGAUUUCUUCUCCGGGAUUGUCACCGUCAGUGUUGGUCACUGCCACCCGAAGGUAAGCGCAGCGGCACAAAAGCAGCUUGGCCGCCUGUGGCACACAAGCGCCCUCUUCUUCCAUCCACUAAACCAUGAAUAUGCAGAGAAGCUUUCAGCACUUCUUCCCGAACCUCUAAAGGUCAUUUUCUUGGUGAACAGUGGCUCCGAGGCCAACGACCUGGCCAUGCUGAUGGCCAGAGCACACUCCAAGAACACAGACAUCAUCUCUUUCAGAGGAGCUUACCACGGAUGUAGUCCUUACACCCUUGGCUUGUCAAACGUAGGGCAGUUCAAGAUGAUUCUCCCCAGUGGGUCGGGCUGCCAAUCAACCAUGUGCCCAGAUGUUUUCCGGGGCCCUUGGGGAGGAAGCCACUGUCGGGAUUCUCCAGUGCAAACGAUAAGGAAAUGCAGCUGUGCCCCAGACUACUGCCAAGCUAAAGACCAGUAUAUUGAACAGUUCAAAGAUACUCUGAACACAUGUGUGGCCAAAUCAAUUGCUGGAUUUUUUGCAGAGCCAAUUCAAGGGGUGAACGGGGUCAUCCAGUACCCAAAGGGGUUUCUGAAGGAAGCCUUUGAGCUGGUGAGAGAGCAAGGAGGCGUGUGCAUUGCGGACGAAGUGCAGACAGGAUUUGGAAGGUUGGGCUCUCACUUCUGGGGCUUCCAAACCCACGAUGUCCUGCCGGACAUUGUCACCAUGGCCAAAGGGAUUGGGAACGGCUUUCCCAUGGCAGCAGUCGUGACAACUCCAGAGAUUGCCAAGUCUUUGGCCACCUGUGUUUUGCACUUCAACACCUUCGGAGGGAACCCCGUGGGCUGUGCCAUUGGAUCAGCCGUGCUCGAGGUGAUUAAAGAAGAAAAUCUACAGGAAAACAGUCAAGAAGUUGGCACCUACAUGUUACUGAAGUUUGCUAAGCUGCGGGAUGAAUUUGAAAUUAUCGGAGAUGUCCGCGGCAAAGGCCUUCUGAUAGGCAUAGAGAUGGUGAAGGAUAAGACGAGCCGCCAGCCUCUUCCCCGUGAAGAAGUCAGUCAAAUCCAGGAGGACUGCAAACGCAUGGGUCUUAUCAUUGGCAGAGGAGGCCUUUUUUCUCAGACGUUCCGCAUCGCGCCCUCCAUGUGCGUCGCCAAACCAGAAGUUGACUUCGCAGUGGAAGUAUUUCGCUGUGCGGUAAUCCAACACAUGGAGAGAAAAGCUCGGUAAAAUUCAACAUAUAAAAACCCACAAGCCUCGGGAACCUCCCACUUACGUUCAAGAGCUAACGUGAGGAACCUCAGAACCCCUGGUGUAAGUUGUAAAAGAUGACUGCCUGCCAGCCCUGUUUGUUAACAGAGUCCCAUUAUGCUGGUAAACCCUGCAGGAAAGGGUCUGUCUCGCUAGCUCAGAGAAUAAAUCCUAACCAGUCUAGGUUAGUCAUGGUAGUUUGUUUCCCCCUUGCAAUGACUGGUUUCUGCACGAUCCGUGACAUACUUUGGAACAGUGAAUCCUGAAGGGAAAUGCUGGUGCGGGUGCCAUUAGGGAAAGGUUUCUUUCUGCAUGCUUCAUUCUUCAUCUCCAGAAGAGAUGUCUUCUUGUCCUGAAGCAUCGUAUGUCCUGAUGGGACCUGCUCAAACCACGUCAGCCACUUUGGGGCCAUGAGACCAAAGCUAUGUGUGGGCAUCAGAAGGUGUUAGAAAGAUGAGUUUUUAGUGAGGUCAGUGAGCCACUGACAACCAGUCUGGAGCAGCCUUACCUUGUGGCUUCUUGUGAUGGGAGGUAAUAAAUUCAUUGCAUUGAACAAGACUUUUUUAUUUAAGUUUU